AAGAACUGGAUGAGUUGAUGUCAACUGAGGAGUUGAUUGAGAGGCUGGCUGGGGCCGAGCGGUCGUCGCUUCAGGCCACUGUAAGGGGGAUGUUGAAGCUUAUGAUUACCAAGGACGUUGCCCUACGCUUCUCCUUCACCGGAAUGGACUGUCGACGUCAAAAAACAAAAGAAAGCUUCAAAAAUCACGCAGCAUACGAGAGGAUAAUGGUCGCUCUGAAGCAAACUAGAUUCGAUAGUGCGAGAAGACCUGAAGUUAACCGAGCUAUCAUGAAUGCGCUCAAAAACGUACCUGACUGGGAAGGAGGGAGAGACCACCGCGUUAGAAGAAGAGUUCCUCUAAGACGGAAUGAAUCAUCUUCAACUUCGACAAUCGAAAUGCAAGAAAAUGCCGAAAAUUCUAACCGCAUUUCGGCCACUCUAAGACGCUCACCUAGGCAACACAAUGCUACUCCCAUACACAGUGUUUUUUCUAAAGCCGUCAGGCUCCUUGAACUGUAAUCAACUAUGGAACUCUGAAUAUGGAACAUUCUUCAAUAAUACGAUAGCGAUACAGCCCGUUAAGUAAUGAAAUUUUCCAAAAUGAAAUUGACUAUAUUUUUUGUUUGUCAUUAGUUGUGAUGCUGUAGAAACGUAUUCUUUUGCCAUCUAUAUUUUGUAAAUUU